CCCCACCCUGCGCUCCCACCAUCGCAUCGCCUUUCUCCAAAGAUCCUACAAACUCGGCCCAACGUCGCGAGUAACCGCCAUGUCGUCAUCGUCGUCGUCCGAUCUGUCGCUGGAGACGGUGGCGCCCCGCGCGGCCGUCACCAGCGAGCGGAAGCUCAACCCUGACCUGCAGGAGCAGGUGCCUAAGCCAUACCUCGCGAGAGCCAUGGCAGCGGUGGACCCGAGCCACCCGGAGGGAACCAGGGGGAGGGACACCCGCGGUAUGAGCGUGCUCCAGCAGCACGUCGCCUUCUUCGACAGCAACGGCGACGGGAUCGUCUAUCCAUGGGAGACUUUCAAAGGCAUGCGAGCAAUAGGGCUUGGUUUCCCUACAUCCCUAGCCACCGCAUUUUUCAUCAACCUCGUCAUGAGUUAUCCUACUCAACCGAGUUGGAUACCUUCCCCUCUGCUCUCAAUACAUAUAAAGAACAUCCACAAGGCCAAGCAUGGGAGUGAUUCUGAAACAUAUGACACCGAAGGGAGGUUUGACCCAUCAAAAUUUGAUGCUAUAUUCAGUAAGUUUGGUCGAACUCAUCCAAAUGCUCUGACAGAAGAUGAGAUUAACACCAUGCUCAAAAGCAACCGUAAUAUGUAUGAUUUUCUGGGAUGGGGCGCUGCCAUCCUAGAAUGGAAGAUACUGUACAAAGUGGGAAAGGAUAAAGAAGGCCUCUUGCAACGCGAGACCGUCAGGGGCGUCUUCGAUGGCAGCCUGUUCGAGCGACUUCAGGACAGCAAGAAAUCUUCCUAAAAAUUCGCUGUUCAGAGCAGUGUGUUGUCAAUAAGACAUAUUCACUUGAAAAUCCUUUCUUGCCUUAAUUUGAGUUGUACACGUCGAGUAAAAAGUGUUUGGAUCCGUUUACAGAGGCAUGGACAUUUUUUGUUUACAUAUGUAAGUGCACAAAAGGUUUACCAUGGAACUUGUAAUGUGCAUUCAUGAAUCA